UCGGCCGGUCUGUGCGCAAUGCGCUCCUGCGUGCUGCUGCUGUUCAUCCAUAUGAGCGCACCGAUGGAGGCGAGGAAAGUGCGCGGCGGUCGGGCACAAACCCGGCGGGUGCAGCAACAGCAGCUGCAGACUCCGGCGUACAGGGAGCGGGUGGAAGGAGCGGCUGAGAGCUUCCCGUUAGACUUUACAGCUGUAGAGGGAAACAUGGACAACUUCAUGGUACAGAUAAAGAACCUGGCGCAGUCACUGUACCCAUGCUCUGCGCAGAAGCUGGACCAAGACAUGAAGUUGCACUUUUUGAAGAAUGUAUCUGUGACUUGCAAUGAUGGGUCACCUGCUGGGUACUACAUCAAGGAGUCUAAAGGCAGCAAGAGGUGGCUGUUGUUCUUAGAAGGUGGAUGGUACUGUUUCAACAGGCAGACCUGUGACAGCAGGUACGAGACAAUGAGGAGACUGAUGAGCUCCACCAAGUGGCCACCAACAAGAACAGGAACGGGAAUUCUGUCUCCUCAGCCAGAGGAAAACCCUCACUGGUGGAACGCCAACAUGGUGUUCAUCCCAUACUGCUCCAGUGAUGUGUGGAGCGGAGCCACACCGAAAACAGAGCAGAGUGACUACGCAUUCAUGGGGUCUCUGAUCAUUAAGGAGGUGGUGAACGAGCUGCUGACGAAAGGCCUGGACAACGCCAAGGUCCUGCUUCUGGCGGGAAGCAGUGCUGGCGGUACAGGCGUCCUAUUGAACGUGGAUCACGUCGCGGAGCAGAUGGAGUCACAGGGCCACAGAGGAGUACAGGUCAGGGGUUUGGCCGACUCCGGGUGGUUCCUGGACAACAAGCAGUACAAAUUCACCGACUGCCUCGACACCAUCAGCUGUGCCCCAACUGAGGCAAUAAAGAGAGGCAUCAGGUACUGGGGCGGACUUGUGCCAGAAAGCUGCAGACAGGCUCAUGUGGGAGAAGAGUGGAACUGUUUCUUUGGAUAUAAAGUCUACCCCACGUUAAAAAGCCCGGUGUUCGUGGUGCAGUGGCUGUUCGAUGAGGCCCAGCUGACAGUGGACAACAUCCACCUGACCGGACAGCCGGUGCAUGAGGGCCAGUGGAGGUACAUCCAGAGCCUGGGACAGGAGCUGAGGAGCACGCUUCGUGAUGUACCGGCGAUGUUUGCUCCGGCCUGUUUGUCUCAUGAGCUCAUUACCAGAAGCUACUGGAUGGACAUUCAGGUUAAAGGCACAUCCCUCCCCAGAGCCCUUCACUGCUGGGACCGCAGCCUCCAAGACAUCAACAACAAUACCACCAUCAACGGUAGCCACGGCAACCACAACCACCAAAAGCACAAGACGCCGCCGAUGAGAGGCUGCCCUCUGCAUCUGAUCGACAGCUGCCCGUGGCCGCACUGUAACCCCUCCUGCCCCACCAUCCGCGACCAGCUGACGGGUCAGGAGAUGAGCGUGAUCCAGUUCCUGAAGCACAUGGGCUUCGACGUGCAGAAGAUGGCCCAGCAACAGGGGAUGGACCCCAGGAAGCUACUGGGCAUGCUCAGUAACGGAAACUGA